AUGACAAGUAAUAAUAGUAGUAAUAUUAAUGAAUCUGAAUCUAAUGAUUCAAAUUGUUCUAUUUGUCUAUCAGAGAUUGAGAAUGAAACCAAAGUAAUCAUUUGUAAUCAUCAUUUUUGUUUAAAAUGUAUUCAAGGCUGGAUAAAGAAUAAGAUAGAAUGUCCUCUUUGUAAAUCUGUAUCGGAAAAUAAAUAUAUAGAUGUAGAACCACCGGCUAAACCACACCCUAGUAAAGUGGAAGCGGAUCUUGCAUGUCUCGAUCACAGUUACUUUGCUGAGGAGAUAAAUAAAUUGAUUGUAAUGUCACAGGCUAUCGCCUUCAAAGUUGAGAAUACACCGAGUAUAAAUCAAACAACCAAAGUAUAUGUUAAUAACAAUAAUCAACAUGAUCUGACGUUGUUGGUAUCGAUUGAUGAAACACUGCAUCGAUUGCACGGCGAUAUGGAAGCACUGACACCUUUUGACCCACAGUCGAUGCUCUCUGAGAUCUACUCGAUAGAGACAACACUCAAAGAUCUCGAUCGUAUUUAUAACAACUACAACAGACAGGCCUCCAUUCAGAAACAACAAAACAACAGUAGAUACACACCAUCUUCAUCAUCUUCGAAACUGCGGUCAAACAACAACAGCAACGACGAUGAUGACGACGAUUAUCAAGAUGACUACUUUGAAGACAAUGAUAGAUAUUAUGAAUCUGUUGAUGAUGGUAAACAACAAAGAUACGCAAAAUCAAAAUAA